GCUCUGACGUCACGAGCUUGAUAUAUCGCGCGCGCCAAAUUUCGUAUUUCGAACCAGUUUCGUUUUGACAACCAUUAUUGUUUUUAAAUUAAAAAUUAGAUGUAAAGGGAUUUUUAAAAAAAAAUACAAAUUUUUUUUUCCCUCCAAAUACUGUGCUUUGGACGUUACAGUCGCAUAGAGUUGUGUUGAUUAAAAAAGUUUGUUUUUAGUGAUGCCGUCGAACUAAUUUAUCAGUUUAAAGAUGUGACAGCCACGGUUCAUUCGAAGCUGCGGGAGAAGAAGUUCUACAGUCAUGGAAUGAGUAUGGAUACUAAUUUGACGUUCAUUGAAGAAGCCCUACAAGAUUUGCCCUGCCGAUUGUACCCUGGAAAGUUUUGCGGCUCCUACUAUGGCGUCGAUUGUAGCAGCGAAGACUAUCACGCUUAUAUUUGCGAACUCAACAUCGACAUCCAAAAUGAGACCUCUUACAGCUGCACGACUUGUUUUAAUACCAACCUGGUUGUUGAUAGCAACGGCACGAUCUGCAGCACUGGGCUCAAGAUGAAUUUGAUGAAUGUUAUGUUCGAAAACGCUCUGAAGAGCUUGUGGUUGAGACUGCCUGAUACCAUUUGCAAUUCGGAUUUAUAUUGCUAUAGUGAUGUGUUGAAUCGGACGUUUUACAUUAACGAUUUUAAUAGCACAUUCGAAACAAAUACAGUGGAAAGUUUUCAGUGUAGCUUUAACUAUAGAAACUUAACGGCAGAAGUGCUGGCCAGUAAGGGAUAUGAUUGGAGUUUUCUGUUUGUGAUAUUAUUUAUAGUAGCCGGGGGCUUAGGCAAUAUAUUAGUGUGUUUGGCCGUUUGUCUGGACAAGAGACUACAAAACGUUACCAAUUACUUUUUACUGUCGUUGGCCAUCGCUGAUCUGUUGGUUAGUCUGUUUGUGAUGCCAAUGGGAGCUAUACCAGGAUUUUUAGGAUAUUGGCCGUUGGGUGUGGUGUGGUGUAACGUGUACGUCACUUGCGAUGUCUUGGCCUGCUCCGCCAGCAUCAUGCACAUGUGUUUCAUCAGUAUCGGAAGGUAUCUCGGUAUACGGAACCCACUGAAGAGUCGCCAUCACUCCACGAAGAGGCUUGUGGUCAUCAAGAUAGCUCUGGUGUGGCUACUCAGCAUGGUGGUCUCCAGUUCAAUUACGGUAUUAGGUCUGAUCAACAAGACGAAUAUAAUGCCGACGCCGGAUUUGUGCGUGAUCAACAACAGGCUUUUCUGGAUAUUCGGGUCUCUGGUUGCGUUCUACAUUCCGAUGCUGACGAUGGUGGUGUCUUUCGCACUAACCGUGCAGUUGCUAAAGAGACAGGCGAGGCUUGCUGCGACUCCCGUACCGGGAGGAACUCAGAGAAGGCAAUGUGGAGGCUUUGAUAAUGGACCGAUUCAGUGCGUGCGUCGCCUUGGAGCUAGGAGUUCACCAGAUUUGUCUCCUGGAAGACCCGUGUCCAGACAGAUGACUUGGAGAGUCACCAGUGCUAGAUCACAAAGGAACAAGAUCGGGAUGAGCGUGUCUCAUCCGCAGUUAAGCUACAUGAAUGGCUGUGGUACUGGCAAAUCUAAGAGAAGAGGACACGAUGUGGCCACACAGACUCCACCGAGCAUAGCAGCAGAAACAAGAAGAGCAAGGUUGAGGCCGUUGAAGUUGACCCUGGCUACUCCAAAUGCUUUGACUCUAAGAUUCUUAGCGAACCGUAAAAAAGGAAGAUCUCUAUCAGCCAACGCAGUAGCCAACGAACAGAAAGCAACUAAAGUGUUGGGUCUGGUUUUCUUCACCUUUGUCCUGUGCUGGGCUCCGUUCUUUCUACUUAAUAUUCUAUUUGCUGCCUGUCCUGCCUGCAUUGUACCUGAGCAUGUGGUCGACAUCUGCUUGUGGUUGGGUUACGUGUCUUCUACCAUCAACCCUAUUAUUUACACGGUCUUCAAUAGGACGUUCAGAGCUGCUUUCCUGAGACUGUUAAAAUGCCACUGCACAAGACGUGGUAGAUGCACCAGAUACCAUUCAGUUGGUUCUACCCGUGGGGCUUCACAGCUAUGCGCAAGAUCAGCACUUCCUCUGGCCAUCUCCCUGCGACCUUCGGGGCUGCCCAUUCCCACACCAGCUGCGCAGGACACAACGGAAACAGUCCUGAUGGAUCCACCGCUCGGUGAAUUCAAUAUGAGAUAUUAGUACCGGAAUGACAAGCUACGUUCAUCUUUGCAUGUAUUUUCCUCCAAAGAUACAAGUAAUGUGAUUGUUUUGUGCCAAAUUUAUAUUCAAAUUUUACUCACUAUAAGAUUCGUCGGCUUAGCGACUCAUUCGAGAAUCAUCCGGAAAAAAGAUUGUUUUAAGUGAACGAUGAACUUUCUAGAAGAUUAUCUCACAAUUAUAAGUAGAUGGAAACUUUGCGAUCGUUAUGAAUAGGUUUCUCUUGUCGCGUGCCAUGGAUUGACGCUCCCUUAGCGGCAACUGUAGAAGUACUUUAAACUUAUAAGCAUUUCUGUUUUUAGUACUUUAAACUUUUAUCAGUAUUAGUAAGUUAUAAUAGAUAAUUAAUUAAGUAGUAGUAUAUAGAGUGUUUAAAAUAAGUUACUUGCCCAAAUAUAGGUACUAGUUAUUCAUGUUUUAUGCAAUACUAAAUGUUCGUCUUGGUUUCACCCGCGGUUUUAUUCCGAAUUACUAAAAAGAAGUUGCGUUUUCCUGGGAUAAAUAGUUGCGUGCUUAUACUCUGAGCUUGUGAUACUCUUUGGAUUAUUAACUUGCAGUCGAUUUAUAGAUUCUAAAUAAUAAAGUGUAAAUAAUGCGAGAGCGCAGCGCAAACGAUACAGAGACAUGACGAGCCCAGCGUUAAUUUUUCGGAAAAAAUUAUAUUUUUCAACUAACUCUCCUUUGUAUUACAAAAUAAUUAUAAUAUAUAUAAAAUAAUAAUUCAAUUCAAUUCAUAAAAUUAUACAAUUUUUCAUUAAUAUCUCUUUAUGACGUUAUCACGUAAAACUAUCGUUCGUAAAUUGAUUUUACGGACAACCAAUUUUUUAUUAUAGCAUAUAUCACAUUUUAUCAAAAUCCCUUUAAAUAUUUCGGCGUGAUUGUGUAGCAAACAUCCAAAUAGAUAAACUUACAUAUUAAUAAUGUGUUAGCAUACGGAAUUAACAGUAACACGAAACAAUAUCGUCUUCGGCCUCAUGCUCCAAUGUCGGUGACGCUGUGGUGUGGUCCACUGUGGUAUCCAGGUACCAGCUGAACCGUACUCAUUUUUUUGGCUACCUUACCGUUAGCAUACCGGGCUAUUCUGGCCUUACUAUGACUGGUGGGUAAGUGAGGCUCAGCCCGAACGUGUCUUAGCAAGAGCAGUGCUCCGCUGAAUCUACCAUCAGAUCAGAAUCGCGACCCACUGAUAAGAUCCCGCGAGAAAUUCAAUGGAUUGUCGUGCCCAUUUAGAUCAAUAGCACGAGUAGACGAGCGAGUUCAGAACUAACUUUUUUUUCCUCCCUAUGCUGAUAGCCUUGAGAGGCUAUUUCAGCUGCAUCCUAACGUGUAGGUGAACUCACGGGGCUCAAACCGGAGUGUUGCUAACACUGGCCCUAGCAAGAGCAGUGCUUCGCAGAAUCUACCACCGGAUCGGAAACGCGACCCAUUGAGAAGAUCCAGCGAGAAACUCAGUGGGCUGUGUCUAUGGGUUAAUUCGCUUGUCGAGCCCUUCGUUGCAAGCGAUGGGUUCGACGAGGAUGGUGAUCAAGAACUAUCUAAGCUACAAUGAUUACUUCACAUAUGAAGUCUAAUCUUUAAAAAAACAUGUGUAUGUCCAACAAACUCUUAGCUUAUGGCCUACUUCAAUCUACACGUACAUGAACCUUUAUUGUAAAUGCUAUGAAUACAAUAAAUAAGAAAUACACGUAUAGUUACAACGGCCGCCUCACUCUUCAAACCGAAACGCAUUACUGCUUCACGGCAGAAAUAGGCCGGGUGGUGGUACUUACCUGCGCGGACUCACAAGACGUCCUAUUACCGAUAAAACUAUUUGUUGUAAAAAUAAAUGUCUCGCACUUUGGGGUAAUUACGCUUAUCUCAUUGACGAACCGCUCUAUGACCUAAUGUUUCUUGUGACAAUUGUUUGGCGACAUAACAUAAAAUAUAGUCUUUUUUUAUAUAUCUAUUAUAUUGGUAACGCUGUUUUAUUUCCGUUCACGUACCUACAUAGCCCGCACGAAAAGAAUGUGAUUUUGUAUGACAUUCAAAAAAAUAAAAUUUUAGUGACUCCAGUGGCUUCUAAAUGAUUCCAGCUCGUAAUGUGUUUUUUUUAAAAAAAACGUGUGGGACUCGGGAACUGCCGUGGUAAAACUAUUGCAUAGCAUUUUUUAUCAACUUAUGCAAUUAUACUAAGACAAUGAUAAUUUAAUAUUAAAACAAUAAUAAAACAAGACCACGCUAUAUUAAACAUUAAUAAAAGCAAAACCUUAACUGUCCCCUUCACACUCAUAAGCUACGCGCGAGAGAGAGAGAUGGGCAGAUUUUCAGGGUGCGCAUGCAGUGUGACGUCACGCCACGCGCUUCUUGUGUUGAACGCGAGCUACAUGGCAGGUGGAGUGAGGGGUGUAAGGUUUUUUUCGUUACGGAAUUUCAUGAUUCGGUCGCCGCGCUCAAGGCCCGCGAUAAAAGUUAUGCAAUAGCUUAAAAAAAAAGGUCUAGAAAGAAAAACAUAUUCAACGGAGAUGCAUCAAGGUUGGUAAAUACGGGGAUAAAGUGUUGCCAGAUUCUCCUCUUCGUGCCAAUAUUUCGUUUACGUGAUUUACCUCAGAAUGUUAGGAUUUACGUAGCGUACCCACUGAAUUUAUUAUGACGUGAAAUUUGAAGUUACGCGAAUAUGUACGUACAUUUUCCCGUUUGUUUUGUUUUGUUAUUGUAAAAUUAUCAAACGUGUAAUUAGGAAAUUUUGUGACCUUUAUUGAAAAUCAGGCAGGUUGUGAAACGGAACAGCGGCCGAAGCGUUCGUGGUCGCAUCAGUAAGACUCGCGAUGAAUUCGCAUAGACCGUUGUGAUUGUUCCAGAUCUCGAUUUUUUUGUUCCUUUAUUGAUGCGCAAAACAAAUCACAACUAUAGAAAUUAUAAGUUUAAAUAUUUAAUAUAACAAUCUGGAUUGCAAUUCAGAACACGUGCAUACAGAAAAAUUAUAACUGAACAAAUGCCUAAAUACCUUGUUGUAUAUAUAUACUUAUACUUUGUCACUGGUGGUAGGACCUCUUGGGAGUCCGCACGGGUAGGUACCACUACUCCACCUAUUUCCGCCGUGAAGCAGUAAUGCGUUUCGGUUCGAAGGGUGGGGGUAGCCGUUGUAACUAUACUGAGACCUUAGAACUUAUAUCUCGAGGUGGGUGGCGCAUUUACGUUGUAUAUGUCUAUGGGCUCCAGUAACCACUUAACACCAGGUGGGAUGUGAGCUCGUCCGUUCAUCAAUGCAAUAAAAAAAAUACACAUAUACACACACACACACACACAUACACACACACACACAUGUGAGUUACUAUCUAAUUAAAUUUAAUCUAAUGUAUCAUUAAUUGGACAAUAUUAAUUAUUUGAGAAUAAUGUUUAACUAAUUUACAAUAUUUAUAAAAAAAACUAUUUUCAAAUAUAUCAAGAUUAGUGUUGUUACUUGCCAACUCAUUAUAAUGUCGUGCCAUCCUAACAAUAGGAUUAAAGUGUGAGAUGUUGUUUUUGUGAACUUCAAUUGCAAACAGAUUAGUGCAAUGCGAUCUACGCGCAGUAUAUCUGGUAUUUAAAGUAUUAUUUCUCGCAAACAAAACAUACUUGUUUUAAAACGACUCAGUCAUUAAAACAAUGAUAAAGCGUCUACGUUAGAGAAAGAAAACGAUAUUAACGAUAAACAUUUUAUUAUUGUUAUAAAAUUUUCAUUCAACUGACAAUUAACUUGAAUCGAUGUUCCGAGAUUCCACGAAAACGUCGCGCCCAAACUCAAUAACUGCCUACAAAAGUUUGUGAUCUCGAGAUUAAGUUUCAAUAAGCCGCCAAAAGUUCGACCACGGCCAUUAGCUUAAAAUACAAGUCUUUUUGGGCCAAAUAGCUUUUUUAUUUGAGACGAAAUCGCUCUGUCUUUUAGUUUUUAAUUGAAAACUUUUGGUGUUCGAUAUAAAAUUAGCUUCAUAUUCCGGAUUUACAAAAUUAGAUGAUUAGUCAAUAAGAACAUAGCGUUGAUUGCGCUAUAACUGAUCCUUUUUUAUUGCCCUUGUAGACAGACGAGCAUACAGCUCACCUGAUGGUGAGUGGUUACCGUCGCCCAUGGACUUCAGCAAUGCCAGGGGCAGAGCCAAGCCGCUGCCUACAAAGCUGCCUCUCCUUUCACUGUAAUGCCCAAGACAACUGUACCGGGGUUCAUCACAAUCGAAUGUAUGGCUUAAAAUCACAUAGAAGACAAACAUAUUAUAAACAUUAAUAUUGUAUAUAAUUAAAAUCAAAAUGACAACACAGAUAAUGUUUUUUUCUUAAUAAAAUCUAAAACGCAACUAUAGUUACAUGUAUUUUUAGUAUUCCUGUUUAUAGCCACUAGCGUCAUCUUUGAUAUACUGUUAAACAGAUUAAGGAGUCCAUAGACAUCACUACGUAUACGCGCCUCCUUUUUGUUGGUGGUAGAUCUUGUGAGCCUCAAUUGAUAGGUACCACCAUAUUGCCUAUUUCCGCCGCGAAACAGUCCAACUUAAUUGCCGGGGCAGCGGCUGUACUAUACUUAGAACUUAGCCUUAGAACUCAUAUCUCAAGGUGAGUGACGGCAUUUGAGUUGUUGAUGUCUAUGGACUCUCGUAACGAGUUAGGACCAGGUGAGCCGUGAGCUUGUCGAAGAAGAAAAAAACCAUAAAAACAAUUGUAAGUUUCAUGAAUUUAUUCGUAUUAGUGGAAAAAAAAAAAAAUUCAUAAAUAGUCUUAUCUAACCUUAAGUAGACUUAGUAUUCAAAAGACGUUCAAUUAAAUAUUUUUGUGUAUUAAAGAUAUGAAUGUGUAGUAAUUAAAUGGUGAUGAAAACUCUA